GAAUUAAUUUAACGAGUAUGUUUGUAAAUUGCCGUCUACGUCUAUGUCGCAGGCCGUGUAUCAAAAAAUUUAGAAGGUCCAUUGGUGUAAGUGCGUAGCAGUGGUUUCAGAUAUCCAAAUAUUUUUAUUGAGCACAAAAUGAGUUUCAGUUCGAAAGGAAGGAAUAGCACUAGAGUGUUCGUUGGCGGUCUGACUUACAGGGUCCGAGAAAGAGACCUAGAAAGAUUUUUCAGGAAGUAUGGACGAAUUAGGGAGGUCUCUAUGAAAAACGGGUUCGCUUUUGUUGAAUUCGAUGACUAUAGGGAUGCUGAGGAUGCAGUUUAUGAAUGCAAUGGCAAAGACUUGAUGGGUGAAAGAAUAUCUGUUGAGAGAGCAAGAGGUACUCCUAAAGGCUCAGAUCAAUUCAGAGGUUCAGAAAGGGGUGGAAGCUUCAGAGGACCCCCUCGUGGCAGACCAAGGGAUAGUUACAGAAGAGAAUCCAAAGGAAGAAAUAAUGAAAGAUAUGGACCACCAACAAGGACAGAAAAUCGCUUGAUAGUUGAGAAUUUAUCGAGUAGAGUGAGCUGGCAGGAUCUUAAAGACUUCAUGAGGCAAGCUGGUGAGGUAACCUAUGCAGAUGCACACAAACAAAGAAAGAAUGAAGGAGUCGUAGAAUUCGCUAAUUUCUCUGAUAUGAAGAAUGCAUUAGAGAAGCUCCAAGAUCAGGAAUUUAGUGGAAGAAAAAUUCACCUGGUUGAGGACAAAAGGAAAAGUGGAGGAAACCGUAAACUUUCUAAAAGCAGAAGCCGUUCAAGGACGAAAUUCCGACGAUCCAGGUCUGGAAGUAGCAGAAGAUCUAGUAGAUCUAAAUCAAGAACUCCUUCCAAAGGUAGAUCACCCAAAUCGAAAAAUGGCUCCAGAUCGAGAUCUAGAUCUUUGUCUGACGAUUCAGGCAGAGAAAAUAAUCAUAAUGACAGAUCAAUCAGUCGUUCACCCAAACGUGAUGACAAGGACUAAUUAACUCUUCUAUAUUACUCCUUUGAGUUUAUUCUCAAAUGUUCUAUAUAAUUUUAUAGUCAUUAUUUUGAAAUAUACCAUUCAUUUAAAAGGCAUUUUGUAUAGAUGUUUUUAUUUUGAUUUCAUCAGAUUAAAUGGGUGUUCUAAA